AUGGAUCGGAAACGCCACGUCGUACCUUCCGCCGGUCAGGACUCGCACAACCGUCUAUUCGGCGAAGUGAACCGCCCUUACACACCGGCCAAGAAUCACAUGAAGAGCAAUCUGCCCAUCGGAAGCGACGCCACGCAUUGGGCAAAACCCAACGGCCACAGCAAUGGCUCCAGCAAGACAUCAUCGUCGAAUGGACAUCAUCAGAAUGGAAACGGAGUCACACAUACCAACGGCCAUAGCAGCAAUGGGAGCAACGGUAACACUGCCAAUGGACACAACAACGGUACUUCCACAACAUCAGUGCCAUCCCAGAAUAGAUCAUCUCCUAGCAUUCAGGGUGGUGAGCGAACAUGA